AUGCAUCAUCAUGUGGAAAUAACGUCGUCGAUGGCUUCUUCAGAUUCUCCACGAGUCCCGCUUAUCGACCUACCACAGCCAUUUGACACUAAAAUAUCGAGAGACCGCUUCAAACUAGUAUACAAUGGAAAUCGCGAGCUUUUGAGCAUUCUAAAACCGUGUGAAAUCACUGAAAAGCAUGUCGAUGUAACAUGUCAUCACUGUCCAGGAUCACCGAAAUUCGCCACUGUUUGGGAGACGAUGCAACACGUGUUCAAUGAAAUUCAUGCUCAGAAUAUCAAUUACAUUGGAACAUCGAAGGAUUUUUUUCACUAUAAGCUACUACUGAAACGAGUUCUGGUCAAACAGCCAUUGCCAGGUAAAACAACUGUACUUGAAAAUGGAGAAACUGGCAAGUACUGUCGCGGACCAACGAAUCGACAAAUCCUUUUCAUUCAAAGUUUGAGAGUCAGAGAAGAUGUCAAGUUUUUCGAGAAACCUAUGAAGUGCUUACUGUGUCAACUGGAUAUGUCGAACUUCUCAAUUUUAGAUGUUGCACGUCACGCAUUUUCAAUCAAACAUCUUGAAAAAGCUCUGAGUCGUUGCAACAUGUUUUUCGUUGAGGAAUUCGAGUGGUGGAUGGAAAAACUGAAGACGUCGUCGAAUUUGAUACCUUCUGAACCAUCAGAAUCUGCAGAAUACUACGUCGGUGGAUUAAAAACAAUUAUUGGGAACAGAUAUAUUCCAGUUUUCGAAAAACUCACCGAGAAAGAAUUGAAUUUGAUUUCAAAUGUGGAUGAGCAGAAGGUUCGAGAAAAUGAGGAAGUUUUGUUGAGACGGUUCGGCGGAUGCAUCUACUGUGACUUAUGGAUUCCGACACCAACUGAUAUCUUCCCUCAUUUCUUUUCUGAGCAACAUUUUGAGAAGGUCCGUGAGCAUCAUCCAGUGAAGCAGUUUGAUGUGGACGAUGUGAUGAGUCUUGUGAAAUUGUGCCAGAAAUCGGAUUGUUGA